UGCCACCAGUCAUCCGCGUCUACCCGGAGACCCAGGCACAGGAGCCGGGGGUGGCGGCCAGUCUGAGGUGCCACGCAGAGGGCAUUCCUAUGCCCAGAAUCACUUGGCUGAAAAAUGGCAUGGAUGUCUCAGCCCAGAUGUCUAAACAGCUCUCCCUUUUGGCCAAUGGGAGCGAACUCCACAUCGGCAGCGUCCGGUAUGAAGACACAGGGGCGUACACCUGCAUUGCCAAAAAUGAAGUGGGCGUGGACGAAGACAUCUCCUCCCUCUUCAUUGAAGACUCAGCUAGAAAGACCCUUGCAAACAUUCUCUGGCGCGAGGAAGGCCUCAGUGUGGGAAACAUGUUCUAUGUCUUCUCCGAUGACGGCAUUAUCAUCCUGCACCCCAUGGACUGUGAGAUCCAGAGGCACCUCAAACCCUCUGAGAAGAUCUUCAUGAGCUAUGAAGAAAUCUGUCCUCAAGGGGAAGGGGACGCCACCCAGCCAUGCCAGUGGGCGUCAGCAGUGAACGUCAGGCACCGGUACAUCUACGUGGCCCAACCGGCACUGAACAGAGUCCUCGUGGUCGACGUUCAAGCCCAGAAAGUCCUGCAGUCCAUAGGUGUGGACCCUCUGCCGGCUAAGCUGUCCUAUGACAAGUCACAUGACCAAGUGUGGGUCCUGAGCUGGGGGGACGUGCACAAGUCCCAACCAAGCCUCCAGGUGAUCACGGAAGCCAGCACCGGCCAGGGCCAGCACCUCAUCCGCACACCCUUUGCGGGAGUGGACGACUUCUUCAUUCCCCCAACAAACCUCAUCAUCAACCACAUCAGGUUCGGCUUCAUCUUCAACAAGUCUGACCCUGCAGUUCACAAGGUGGACCUGGAAACGCUGAUGCUCCUCAAGACCAUCGGGCUGCAGCGGCACGGCUGCCUGCCGCAGGCCAUGGCCCACACCCACCUGGGCGGCUACUACUUCGUGCAGUGCCGGCGGGACGGCGCCACGGCCGCUCCACAGCUGCUCAUCGACAGUGUCACCGACGCCGUGGUCGGCCCCAACGGUGAGGUGACCGGCACCCCACACACGUCCCCCGACGGCCGCUUCGUGGUCAGCGCUGCCGCCGCCGGCCCCCAGCUGCACGUGCAGGAGGUCACACUGCGGGGGGAGAUCCGGACCCUCUACGACCUGAAGAUCGGCCAGGGCAUCUCCGACGUGGCGUUCCAGCGCUCCUUCGCCCACAGCAACCAGUACUGCGUCUACGCCACGCUGGAGGCAGAGCCGGACCUGCUGUUCCUGGAGCUGGCCACGGGGCGGGCGGGCGUGCUGAAGAACUUCAAGGAGCCGCCCUCGGGGCCAGCCGGGCCCUGGGCAGGGCCCCGCAGGAUCGUCAGGGACAGCGGGCUGUUCGGACAGUACCUCCUGACGCCAGCCCGGGAGUCACUGUUUCUCAUCAACGGACGACAAAACACGCUGCGGUGCGAGGUGUCGGGCGUAAAGCGGGGGACCACGGUGGUGUGGGUGGGCGAGGUAUGA